UUAUGACAAUGUGUUGUCAGUGAUUGGAUGAGAAGAAUGUCUGUCAUAAAUCCCGGGAAAUGAUUGGAUGCGGGACUCACCUGUUACGCAAGUUAUAACAACACAUGAAAAAGGCGGUCUUUCCCCAGGGGCUGAUGGGAAAAUAGAGGCGUGGUUUCAGAUGACACGUGUCCGGCUGCUGCGUUUUAAUCUGCAUGAGAACGCUGGCUCCCCGGUCUCUCCCCUGCUGAACACUUCACAGGCUGGAAAAAGAAGGAGGGGGGCACAUUGGAUGGCUGCCAGUCACGUUAGGGAGAGCCGCUGUACCUACCCUCGUGUACUGUUGUUAGAUGUCUGCCUCCCAGGCUGGUCUGCAGUGAGGACAGAGUUGUGUGAGGCUCUCGGUAACUCUUUUACUCUUAGUGCGGUAACCGCCCGACCUGGAGAGCUGCUGAGCAUCUACACUGUGCGGGAGAGACAUCAGUGCCUGCUUCCCCUGCUGGAAGUCAGAGGUAAUUUAGUCCGCCUUCAGCGAUGCCUGUCAGAGUUGCGCUCGCUGCCUGUGGAAGGGCUCGGGUCUGUGAGGAGCAGGACGCUGUCUUUAGCCAUCCUGGAUGCCCUGCAGCAGAACAAGCAGCUGAUGCAGCACAACUCUUCUGGAACCGGUGUACAAAGCUGCUUUGUGGAGGUGACCGUUAUGUCCACCCGCCUGGGACAUGAGAUUGCCUUCGAGCUUGAUGACGGUCUGCAGGAAGCUGAUCUGACCACGCUACGGAGAUUGCUGGUUCAUCAUAUUUCAUGUGACGUGGAGGACACUGGUAGCCCCAUCACCUCACCGGAGCCAGAUCCGGAUCAGUGUUCCCAUGUUUGCCACAUUGAGUUCUCUUCCACUUCGGGGGAUGUUCUAAGCUUGGAGAGCUUCUUCAAGUCAUGGCUGCUUAGAAGAAAUGGUGAGCGAGAAGAAGUCCACCUGAUACUUCCAGAAGAGGGGUCGGAGCUGCGAGUGAUCUGCGAUGUGCAUCGGCCACUGCUGGACCCUGGACUUCUCUUUACUCCGGGAGAUCAGACUUGCGCUACCCGUCCUGUUCACACCCCAAAUGUUGGCGUUGCCCAGUCCCUCAGAGUCAUCAGGGCUCUGUCUUCACAAGGAGUAUGCGGAUCCAUGUUAUAUGGACUCCCUUCUAUUCUCACACCCACUGCAUGCUGGGAGCUAGAUUGGGAUCAGCUGGAAGCCAACCAGGAGAAUUUCCAUGCACUGUGCCACUGCUUGCAGUCCCAGGAGUUAUGUCUUCUUGCCUGCUCUACUGUACGCAGUUUCUCUUGGGCCCCUCCUGUCCUUUCACAUGUCAUAAUAUCACCAUCUGAUUCCACCGCUCUACUCCUGCGUCCAGUGGCUGUGAGAGAAAUGGUCCUUCUGAUGCCUCUGACACUUAGCCAUCAAGUGACAGACAAAGCUCUUCAUCGAGCACAGGACGCCCUCCGCUGCCUCGCUGUGGAUUCCGUGUAUAACCCGCUGCAGGUGACAUGUAAUCUGUACAGACAUCUCCAGGUUACCCUCAGCCGAUCCCCGGUUCCUGGCCGUCACACAUCUAUAUUACCAGGGCACAGCCGGCAGGUUCCUUCCGGCCGUGGGAAAGCACGGGCCACUAUCGCCCCAUUACCCCUGGUAACCCCAAUUCUUCGCAAGCGGAGCCCUGUUACAGAUGAUAGUGGACCAAGCAAGAUGAGAUUUCUGCGGUGUGAUGAAGAAUAAACCAGAUUUAGUCACUUUCCAGAUUUAUUGAGAUUUAGCAGUUUCCAAGUAUUUUUAUGUCAAAAUCCAUCUUGUUUAGUAGAGUUUCCUCACAUCAUUGUGCCAUCUUACGCCGUGCCAGAGACAUACAGUGCCAUCUCACGCUGUGCCAGAGACAUACAGUGCCAUCUCACGCUGUGCCAGAGACAUACAGUGCCAUCUCACACUGUGCCAGAGACAUACAGUGCCAUCUCACGCUGUGCCAGAGACAUACAGUGCCAUCUCACGCUGUGCCAGAGACAUACAGUGCCAUCUCACGCUGUGCCAGAGACAUAACUGUACCAUCUGAUAUCUGCUGGAGACAUAUAGUGCUAGAGACAUAUAGUGCCCUCUCACGCUGUGCCAGAGACAUACAGUGCCAUCUCACGCUGUGCCAGAGACAUAACUGUACCAUCUGAUAUCUGCUGGAGACAUAUAGUGCUAGAGACAUAUAGUGCCAUCUGAUAUGUGCCAGGGAUUGUAUUUAUGUUAUCUGUAGUUGUUAAGGUUCCCAGAAGAUGAUUACAGGACUGCCCCAGCACUGACGCCACGGUCCUCCUAUCUCGUAUUUCCAGUAUUAUUGCAGCACUGUUCCAUUAUAUCUUUAGCUCGGUUACUGUUUUGUUUUUAAAGACUUGCAGCUACUCUGUUGUAUUUCUUACUAUAAUAUUCUAAAUACAAUUUUAGUACAAUCUGUUUUUUAUUAGUUCAAGGAAAAGCACAUAAACAAUUGAGGCCGUCAAGGCCAUAAACAGAUAAA